GUUCGGUUCCGCUCGGCGUCGCCCCGACUGUUAGUGUGUCCCGUUUUAGCCACAAACAAACAAAAGACAGCCACACCCACAGCAGGAUUUGAGUGAUCGGUGUGUGUGCGCGCGGGGCUGCUCGUGCGGACCGGUCUUUGGCUGAUGGUUUGGCCGCUCCACAUGUCGAGGGAGAAAACGUCUUAAUAAGUGGGUGGGCCGCGUGUUUCGGGGUGAGGACAGGGAGAGACGAGCAUGUGCGUGUGAGUGGGCCUCCACACAGUUGGUGUGAAAACGGAAGUGGCAGACGACUGCUCCUCGGCCCACACAUCCGUCUUCAUCAUCAUCAUCAUCAUCAUCCUCUCCUCCGUGACGGCAGAGGUGCAUGCUGGGAAGUGUCCUGACCUGCAGCCGCUUUCCACUCGAGCGUGUUUGAAUGCCCCCCGCAGCAGGAGAAGGACUACGUGGGCUUCGCCUCGCUGCCCAGUCAGCUGCACAGGAAGUCGGUGAAGAAGGGCUUCGACUUCACGCUCAUGGUGGCCGGUGGGUGGAGCAGUGAGCUCACAGGAGGUCCUGUCCUCACCACGUGUGUGUGUGUGUGUGUGGCAGGAGAGUCGGGCCUGGGCAAGUCCACGCUGGUCAACAGCUUGUUCCUGACUGACCUCCAUAAAGACAGGAAACUGCUCAACGCUGAAGAGAGGAUCCAGCAGACGGUGGAGAUCACCAAGCACACGGUGGACAUCGAGGAGAAGGGGGUGAAGCUCAAGCUGACCAUCCUGGACACGCCGGGCUUCGGCGACGCCGUCGACAACUCGGAGUGCUGGAGGCGGGUCAUUGACUUCAUCGAUCAGCAGUUUGAGCAGUACUUCAGAGACGAGAGCGGGCUGAACCGCAAGAACAUCCAGGACAACAGGGUCCACUGCUGCCUCUACUUCAUCCCUCCCUUUGGACACGGACUUCGACCGGUCGACAUCGAGUUCAUGAAGCGUCUGCAGGAGAAGGUCAACGUGGUUCCUCUCAUCGCCAAGGCCGACACGCUGACGCCGGCCGAGGUCCGCAGGCUGAAGGAGCGGCUGAGAGAGGAGAUCGACAAACUUGGCAUCAAGAUCUACCAGUUCCCCGACUGCGACUCAGAUGAGGACGAGGACUUCAAGCGGCAGGACAGAGAGCUGAAGGAAAGUUCUCCCUUCGCGGUGAUCGGCAGCAACACGGUGGUGGAGGCCCGAGGUCAGCGGGUCAGAGGUCGGCUCUACCCCUGGGGCAUCGUGGAGGUGGAGAACCCGGCCCACUGCGACUUUGUGAAGCUCAGAACCAUGCUGGUGCGGACCCACAUGCACGACCUGAAGGAUCUGACCAGCGACCUGCACUACGAGAACUACAGAGCCCAGUGCAUCCAGAACAUGACCAGCAUGAUGAGUGCAGACAAGCGAGUGGAGAGUCCGAUUCCCAUCCUGCCGCUGGCCACGCCCAGCGCCGAGGCGGAGAAGCUGAUCCAGAGGAAGGACGAGGAGCUGAGGAGGAUGCAGCAGAUGCUCCAGAAGAUGCAGCAGCAGAUGCACGAGCAGGACCUCUGACCUCCGACCUCCAUGCCUCAUUCUUUUGGUUUUCCUGCACCAAUGAUUGGCAGCAUGACGAUGACAUCCACCGCAGUCUGGAGCCAAGAGCAGAGACUAGAGACAGCAGACUAUAGACACCACACUAGAGACUAGAGACAACAGACCUGAGACAACAGACCUGAGACACCAGACUAGAGACAGCAGUGGAAACUAGAGACAACAGACCUGAGACACCAGACUAAAGACUAGAGACACCAGACUAGAGACUAGAGACAUCAGACUAGAGACACCAGACUACAGACACCAGACUAGAGACUAGAGACAACAGACUAGAGACACCAGACUAGAGACUAGAGACACCAGACCUGAGACACCAGACUAAAGACUAGAGACACCAGACUAGAGACUAGAGACACCAGACUAGAGACAGCAGUGGAAACUAGAGACACCAGACUAGAGACUAGAGACACCAGACUAGAGACACCAGACUAGAAACUACAGACAUCAGACUAGAGACACCAGAUUAGAGACUAGAGACAUCAGACUACAGACACCAGACUAGAGACACCAGACUAGAAACUAGAGACAUCAGACUACAGACACCAGACUAGAGACACCAGACUAGAGACUAGAGACAUCAGACUACAGACACCAGACUAGAGACUAGAGACACCAGACUAAAGACUACAGACACCAGACUAGAGACUAGAGACACCAGACUAGAGACACCAGAUUAGAGACACCAGACUAGAAACUACAGACAUCAGACUAGAGACACCAGAUUAGAGACUAGAGACAUCAGACUACAGACACCAGACUAGAGACACCAGACUAGAAACUAGAGACAUCAGACUACAGACACCAGACUAGAGACACCAGACUAGAGACUAGAGACAUCAGACUACAGACACCAGACUAGAGACUAGAGACACCAGACUAGAGACAGCAGUGGAAACUAGAGACACCAGACUAGAGACAACAGACCCGAGACACCAGACUAGAGACACCAGACUAGAAACACCAGACUAGAGACUAGAGACACCAGACUAGAGACUAGAGACACCAGACUAGAGACAUCAGACUAGAAACACCAGACUAGAGACACCGGUGGACACUAGAGACACCAGUAGCGGAGAGACACAAGGUGAAACUAGGGACCUCAAAGCAGAGACAUCAGUAGAAACUCAAGGCACAUGACUCGAAACACCAAAUGAGAGUAGAGACACCAGUAGAGACCAUAGAUAUCAAAAGAGACUUGAGACCCCAGACUAGAGUCAUCAGAGUAGAGACACCAUUAGAGCCUAGAAAAACCAGUAGAGACUAGUCACACAUGUAGAGAUACAGCAUGAGACAUGAUAGAGACUACAGACAAGUAGAAACACAAAUAGACUCAAGGCUUGUGCAGAGUUUAAAGUGACUCGACUAGAAGCAAUACAAGACACAAAUAGCUGAGCCAAAAGAAAGACUUGACUAGAGUCACGAGCAGAGACUAGGAACGGAGACACGAGUAGACAGGCGACUGGAGACCUGUGCAAGUCAAAGAAGGAGUGGAGACAGGACUGGACCGAUGGAGCAGAGAAGCACUCGACAGCCACCCAGACUCGUGUGACGACUCGUGACUGACGGGUCGUCACGAUAAGUCUUGUCGGCGAUAAGUCUUGUCUGGUGUGUUUUUGCUGGUGAAUUUGAGUUGGAUAUUUGAAUCCUGCUCCAGUUGUUUUGCUGAGGAGGUGUUUGGAGAAGUAGCUGAACGCUGACGUGUUUAUUGACUGUCACUGGUUGCUUCAAACGUUGGAAGGUUCUCGCGUGCGUUUGUGUUUUUCUUUAUUAAAGUCAACCCCACUGGCGCUUCAA